AUGGCGAGCGCACAACAAAACGAGACUGAGCGCCCUUCUGAUGUGUGGAAGGGCAACAGCGCCCCCAUCGACCUUGCUGCACACCUCAAGCGUAUCAACGAGGCGCCGGUCCUGGUGGAGGGCAAGCGGCGCGUAUUGGAGUGGCUCCUCCCCGACGAACUCCUUCGCUCCUCCACCGGUGGCACCCUGUACAGCACCCCGGCGUCGAGGGAGAGGUGGUGGGCCUCGACUUCAACCCGGCUUCCAGGGAGCGACAAGGAGAAGCUGUCGGUCGAGGAGGGGAACGUGACGGCGAUGCAGUUCCCCGAUCAGUCGUUCGACGGCGCCUACUUGACCCUAGUCAUGCAGCACCUGACGUGGAGAAGGCCCUGGUCGAGCUCCACGGCGUACUAA